CGCUCCGCUCCCUGCUUCCUCGCCUCCUCGCCUCUCCCCGCGCCAGGCAUGGCCCCCAGCACCGUGGCCGUGGAGCUGCUCAGCCCCAAAGAGAAAAACCGACUGCGGAAGCCGGUGGUGGAGAAGAUGCGCCGCGACCGCAUCAACAGCAGCAUCGAGCAGCUGAAGCUGCUGCUAGAGCAGGAGUUCGCGCGCCACCAGCCCAACUCCAAGCUGGAGAAGGCCGACAUCCUGGAGAUGGCCGUCAGCUACCUGAAACACAGCAAAGGUGAGCCGCCCGGCGCCCUGGAGCCCCGGCCCGCGCGACCCCCGCCCCGCCCCGCUCCCCGCCGCCCCGCGCCCCGGGCUCCCCGGCCCCGCUCACCGCCGCCCCGACUCCCCGCAGCCUUCGCCGCCGCCGCCGCCGGUCCCAAGAGCCUGCACCAGGACUACAGCGAGGGCUACUCGUGGUGCCUGCAGGAGGCCGUGCAGUUCCUGACGCUGCACGCGGCCAGCGACACGCAGAUGAAGCUGCUCUACCACUUCCAGCGCCCGCCGGCCGCGCCGGCCGCGCCCGCCAAGGAGCCCAAGGCGCCUGGCUCCGCGCCCGCGCCCGCCCCGGCCAAGGCCGCCGCCGCCGCUUCUGCGCGCCAGCCCGCCUGCGGCCUCUGGCGGCCGUGGUGA